AUGACUGCUAGCAAAAGGAGAGCAUUGGAGGCUUUGAAGCACCUUCCUACCGUGGAAAACUUGGAAAUGGACCAGAUGGAUUACUGGGAAGAUAAAAACAUUGAUAUCAAAAAAAUCCUUGAUGGUUCGGAGGCACUGAAUAUGAGUCAUGCUGGAGGAGAGUUCGAGCUGUUGGCCCAACAAAUGAAGUCGGACAUCUUACAAAGGGUCAAAGCCUUUGAUAAGCAACUUGCAACACUGAUAGAUGCAUACAUGGAGUGGUGUUACAAACAUAAGGGAAGUGCUGACCAUGGCUUGUUCAGAGAUUAUUAUCAGUCCAACUCAGAGGCAUCAGAAGGUGCUGGCAGUGUUAAAGUCAAAGUGGUAGACAUUUACUACGAAGUCAUAUGGCUUCCUUGGCAGCAUUUAGCUCCAGGAUACAAUGCUGCCUUUGUACAUGAAAAUUUAUCCGGAGAUGGGGUAUUGAUGGGGUUGGGAUGCUCAAUCAAUAUCCGAAUGACCGGAUAG